GGGAGCGGCCGCGUUCCCGCCUCGCGUCGCCGCGAACUUACACGACAUUUCGAAUUUCGAACAUGUUCGUUGUUUUUUUCUGAUUUGUUUUACGGAUGUAUUUCGCUAAUCGGGGGGAAGGCGCGAGUGAGGGGGCGGUGCGGGGGGGCAGGCGGAUCCCCACCCCGAUGCCCCCUCCCAGGGACAUGCAACAGCUUAUCCGUUCGUCACCGCGCCUAGUUGGCUCUGAAGCCUCAUACAAACUGAGCCAGCAUGAAAUAGAAGCACUGAAUGUGGUAAAAGCGAACACCCCGAAAAUGGACCGCAACGGCUACUUUUUCUACGUGAGCUCCACGGCGAAGAAGAAAAAGAUAAGCCUCAUGCAGCCCCGACCGCCGCGGAUCGCGUUCGAGGACAAACGCCGGCCGGGGGUUGCUGAGAGAGUACACGCCAGUGUGGCUUCAGCCGACGUCGACGCCGCGCGUAACCCUAUGUCGCUCCGGGGCCCAAGCGACGCGCCACGCGCGCGGCUCUACUCUCAACUAGAGAGCUACCAGCCGAGAUACCACACUAUACGUGACAGUGAUAAGAGAGUGGAUAGUGAGUGUAAGAAGCGAAGGAACGAGUGCCGCAGGAGCCACGCGAACGUAAGGACAACAAAAUGCAGUGGCGGCUCACCGCACCGGGAGCGCAGAAAACGGGAAGAGGAGGUCUCCACCGGAUUCAGUGGCGUACUCCACCGCGCGCCCCCGCCCCCGCCCCCCGCGCUGCUGCGCCGCCUCGGAGUCAAGGAGCCCACAGGGGUCGGCAAGGUGAAAGUGAUGCUACGCGUGGGUGCGGUGGGCGAGGGGCCGUUCGCGAGCGGUUCGCAAACGUUCUCGCUGGACAAGCGCAAGCGGCAGGUGACGGUGUGCGAGACGACCGCCACGGACGCCCGAGUCGGCGUCGCCGCGCCCAAGAUGUUCGCGUUUGACGCGCUGUUCUCGCAGGAUGACCCACAGACGGAGAUCUGCUCGAGCGCGCUGACGGACGUCAUCCACGCCGUCAUCAACGGCACCGACGGAUGCCUCUUCUGCUUCGGACACGCCGGACUAGGAAAGUCGUACACAAUGUUGGGGAAACCUGAAUCAUCCUCCACACUCGGAGCCAUCCCCUGUGCAAUAUCCUGGCUAUUCCGGGGCAUUUCGGAGCAGAGGCACAAGUGCGGAACCCGCUUCUCCGUGAGGGUUUCAGCAGUUGAACUCUGCACCAACACCAACCAAAUAAGAGAUCUAUUAGCACCUUAUCAGAAUGAUUCUGAGCAGUCUCCAGGAGUGUAUCUGAGAGAUGAUCCACUGUUUGGAACACAUCUACAAAAUCAAUCGGAGCUGAGAGUACAUAGCGCUGAGAAAGCUGCGUUUUAUCUGGACGCAGCGUUGUCGACGCGCGGCACGAGAGAAGAAGGACGAGACAGUCAUCUUUUGUACACACUUCACGUAUAUCAAUAUAGCGUUGGCGGCAAAGGAGCUGUUGCUGGAGGUAGAAGCCGACUACAUUUAAUAGAUUUGGGAAACGCUGAACGUGGAAAAACAAAUGGUGGGAUACCAUUAUCUGGAUUAGGAAAUAUUCUUUUAGCAAUAUUCAAUGGUCAAAGACACUUACCGUAUCGCGACCAUAACCUCACGCAUGUAUUAAAAGAAUGCCUGGGAUCUCUCACGUGCCAUACAGCUAUGAUAGUUCACGUAUCACCAACCACGCAGAACUAUUCUGAUACACUGACCACACUACAGUUAGCAUCGAGAAUACACAGGCUCCGAAGAAGAAAAAUUAAAUACAGUGCCAAUAACAACGCAGGAUCUGGCGGUAGUUCCGGCGAAGAUGCUUCUAAACCUAGUAGUAGUGAACCCGAUCCAUCAAGCAGUGAUUUAUCUGCCGACACCGUUAUUUAUGUAGGUCCAUUGGACGAUGCUACAGAUGGGGAGCAUCCUCCCGUUUACAUUCCAAAUAUUACCACUGGUGACACGAAAUCGGUAUUUAUCAAAGCUUUACGUGGAUCAUCAGCCGAGCACAGACACAAAUCAUCCCUAUCUAAGGUUAUCGAAGAAAAAAGUCCCGUUCACAAACUACAUUCAUCCCCAAAAGCAUCACCAUUAAAAGGUGCGCAACCUGUUCCUACGCCAAAAUCGUCACCACUACAUUCAGCAUCAAAAGUAAUACCUUCUAAGAAAAUUGCGGCAAAACAUGCCGAUGAAGGAAAAAAUACUAGUGAUGAACAAUGGAUAGAUGGUCCCAGGAUAUCUAAAUCUAAACUGGUUGAAGCUCGACAUAUAAUUAAAGAAACUCAAAGUAAAAAACGUGAAACAUGGAUAGACGGUCCCAUGCAAGAACCUAAACUUCCAAUACAGAUUGACCUACCAUCUAAUCAAUCAAACGCUGUACCCCUACAAAUGGGUGUUCUUAAUGCGUUGGCGAAUGAAAACAUUGGUUAUGGAUAUAUGGAUAGCCACAAAAAGAACAUGAUCAGAAAGUGGGUUGAAAAUCAAACAUGCCAAAUAAAUAAAUCUAGACAUAAUUCUCCUACCCAUAAAAUCCACUCACAUAAGGAAUCACUUUCAAAAGUAAUGGAUGAAACAGAAGCACAUAAAAUGGAAGUUAAAGAAAUUACAAGGCGUAUACACGUAGAAGAAUCUGUAAUAAGAACAGGAUUAAAGGCUGGUUCGAAAGGAAUUGCAAUAGAAGAAGAAAAUUUAGGUCCGCCCGAUACAAAUUCAAGUAAAAAAUCUAAUAGUGUCAAAUCGUCAGCCAAAAAUGAACCUGAUGAAGAUGAUGAUAGCGAAGAACUAGCAGAAAUUCCUCCAGCUUUACCUUUAAUCCAACCUAGUAGUCUAAGUAGUAGAGAAGUAUCUGUUGAAAGUCUCGACAGUAAAUAUAAGGAAAGAAUGAGAAUGGAUGAUGAGCUUAUUUCUAAUCAUAGUAGAAGUAUUGACCAACAUGGUAUGAGUAAAGGUGCUGGUGACUAUGAUGACGAGUUUUUAGAAAUUAUAGAAGUAGAAGAACCGUCAGAACCAGUUCCUAUGCAAGACUCUUGCCUUCAAGUUACAGAAGAGGAUAUAGCUUAUUGUAUGGGAUUGGCAGACAAUAGUCAUUCUGGAAUUGAAUUAGAAGAUGGCGAUGAGCACCCAUUAAGGAUACUGAGUCAAGAAAAUUUGACUGUUGCUUCAACGUUUACUGACACAUUUUCGUUGUACAGCGAAGUAGAAAGACAAAUUAGACACGAAGCAUAUUUAAGACAAGCGAUGGGGCUCUACACCCAAAAUUACUCAGAACAUCAUAACAGUGACCUAAAUCCUCAUGAAAGUAUGCAGUCAUCGCGAUCUAGAAUUGAUGACUUAAUGGAACUAACAGAAUUGUACGGGUCUAAACGUGGGUUAGAAUGUGGUGGUAACUUAGCGUCUUCUAGAAUAAUUCCACAGUUUCAAUCACUUUCUUUGUGUAACGUUAGAGAUACAGAAGAAUAUAAUGGAGAUGGUUCCGUUUAUAGUGAACCUGCAUAUCGACCGAGUGAUAAAAUUUGUGAUAGUUGUAAAAGAACAAUGUCUAGACCCGGUAGUGCAGUAGGCGAUUGUGAUGCAUUUCACGACUUAAAUGUAGUUCACAAUGAUUCUUAUGGAGCUUUCGAACGGUAUAGAAGUAACGAUAUAACCGAAACGCGGAUAGCAUCUUUGAGGCAUCCCGACGGUGCAUCUGAUCCUAACCUUCGUGAAGAAAAUCGUAUUCCCGGAAAUGGAGCACCGUCGAGUACGUUUAGAGAAUUGAAAUCUAACUUACACCUCGAAGUGACGCCACCGGUCGUGACAACUGAACCGCGAGUAGAAAAAUUUGAGAAGGGAGAUAAAAAUGUCGCGAGGGUAGUAGCGAGCUGCAAGCCCGACGGAUACGAUAGCGGUCAUGAGUCCACACCCAGAACUGGUAAACACAGUCCGGCCGCGACUUCCAGACGAGCGGAGUCAGGCUACGAUUCCGUUCCUCGAGAUUCAGACGCCUCGUCUCUGGACUCCUAUCCCACACGAAGAGCGGCCGUCGCUAGGGCGCACGCCAAAAAACAUACCACUGCCAAAUACAAGCAACACAACAACGGUUCCUUUUGCUCAUGGCUACGAAACCCCUUUACAUGUAAGUACGCCGACACAGACCCCGAGAUAAGUGAUUUUUGAACAUUAGUAUUUAUCGACUUAAAUAAUAUGUUAUUGGCACACAUAUUAUGACGUGUAAUUAAUAUUUAAAUUCUAAUUAGUUCAUAUCGUUAAGCCACGUUACCGAAUUUAAUCUGGAGACUGCUUUUGUACUCUAGAUGUAAUCGUAAAUAUACGGAAGCUUUUGGCACGGAUCCAAUGAGGUUGGUUACCACUGUAUUUUUCUAAAGUUACGAAGCUUCUUAUGCGGUUUAAGGCAUAAUUAAAAUAUUCUUAGCGACUUUAUCAAAAUGAAAAUUAAAUUUGUUGUAAAUAUGAAAUGCAUCGAACGGUUUUACAACGGAGUGUCACUUUAUUUUCAAAAGGUUGUUUCUAAUCGUUUUGUACUUUUAUAAUAUUUCGAAAGCUAAGAGUCUUCCUCCGUCUUCCCUUUCAGACAUUAACGAGCAGUAUUUUUAAUUAAUAUCAUGUCUGUACUUUGAUUACAAAAUGUCCAAUAUUAAAACGAAAUGCCACAAUCAAUGUAAUUAAAUAUUAUGCUACCUUGUACAUUUUAUAUCAUAGCAUUAUACGAUUCAUUUUCAGAUAAUUUUAAACGAAUUUUACCUUUGAUCUUUGAGUUUGUUAUUGAAGUUAUACGUAAUUAUUAAGAUUGUUGUGUCUUUGGCCAUGUUCUACAUAGCUUUAAUAUUUUGAGGAGGUGUCAGUAGUACGCGACCGGCGAACCCAAUAAUAACUACUACUCUAUUGCAAUCUCUGUGGCUUUAUGAAAUGUUGGUGAAAUUAUGUAACGCUUUAUUGUCGAUGUUUUGUUAUAAAACCAUUAUAAUAUUAUAAAUAUUUAUCGUAAAUUCUACUAUGCGUUCGUAUUAGUUCAAAAUAAAACGUUCAAUGAACUGA